AUGGCUGCCACCACUUCUUUCACUGCUGCUACUCGCUCCCCUGUUGAGUAUGGCCGCUCCGGCUACAACAAGGACGGCUCUGAUGAAGAGGAAGAGGAGAAGUUCCGCAAUAAUGGCCGCUCCGGCUACAACAAGGGCGACAAGGAGGACGAUGAGGAGGACAAGCAGAACUAA